AUGUCGGACGGCGUCAACUUUGUCCAAUUCCCGCCAUGGGACCAGAUGAACUUUUCAAGCAACUGCAACAUCUGGGGCAACUGGUUGGGGGUAGUCCUGACGCCGAACCCUGCGCAGCCAGAUGAAUCCAUCGGCCCGGCCUUCACAACAAGCAUCGAACUCUUCACCGCAGCACUUCCAGCCAACGCGACCGUCCCGGAAAACACGACGCUUCAAGAGUACCACAGCCAAAUUUUGGAAUGGUACAUAUUUAACAGCUACGAUCAAAUAAACCCCAUCGCCUACGGCCCAUGGAACCUGACCAGGGAGUUCUUCACAAAUGUGUUGCAGCAUCCGGCACUCGACUAUUGUACCAACGAGUACUGCCAGGGUAUGGCUUUCCAGGGAAAUUCUGAUUUGACCGGUAUCGGCGUCUUCACCUCGUACAUCAUCGAAGCCGCACUAUCAACCAUGUACUUGACAGCCUUCACGGCAUGGCAUAUUCGGCGGUAUUUCCGGCCCGAGAAGGGCAAGGGGCAUGCCGGCGGUCGCGCGCUCGACUCUUUCCGGGGUUCACUCGACGCCUUCGUAUCUUCGGCCAUUCUCAUGAGCCUCGCCAUGCUCUGCGCUUCCCUCUACCUCUGCGCCCAUGGCAUGAGAAACCAAGCGGCGCUCCCCGAUACGUCCGACUUACCUUAUCACAGCAGCGCCACCUACGAUAUGCUUCUCUCGUUCCGAGCCUCGGUCUUCUCCGUCCUGCCUAUCCUGUUGCUCUGCUCCUUGAAGAGCCCCGGCGCGGAGAAGGCGAGCCUCUCAGAAAGGGACAUGCACUGGGUGUGGGUGCGGCGGAUUCUUUUAGUUGUGAUUUGGAUCCUUGGCACCGUCGUGACAUUCCUCUCGCCGCGCGGAAAUCCAGACUACAACAUUCAUAACGAUGUCCAGGACGACCUCCUCUGCGACGUACGUGGCGGCGCAGACUACUGGGAGGGCACCGAGGGGGCCAUGAUAGGUGUCAUCGUUUUCCCAGUCGUGUGGAUGGUGAUCACGGCCUUCUUCGCCACGGGUUUCGGCAUUCCCAAAGUGGCGGAUAAUCGUUGGAUCCGCAGGUUGCAGUCUGUCUGGCGGUUCGGCAUUGCGUGGGCUUUCUGCGGGCUGAUGUGGGCAAUGCUCGUCCAGUUCCUUCGCCUGAGGUACACGAUCCUCAGCAGGGCCGGGAGCUCAGACUCGCAGGACGACUGGAGUUUUGGGCAGGUCUUGGCCCUAGCCACCUGGGUCCCUGUCGCGGCCGAGUUUUGCUACAUCUUCCUUUGUAAGUUUCAAACUCUGCAGUGCAGUGCCCUCCCUCCCAGGUCGUUUCGACUCGUACUGACGCCGAUGGCCAGGGGGAACGGGGGAGAGUCCUGA